AUGGCCCAGACGGACUGGCACGCCUUCCGCCGGCGCUGGCGGCGCGACGGCGCCAGGGCGCUGGGCGCCGUGCCGCCUCCGCUCGCCGCGCCGCUCCGGUGCGUGGCGCUCGCGGCGCCAUUCUGCGACUUCGCGGACGCCGUCGCCGUCGCGCGCUGCUCGCGGGCGGCACGCGGUGCGGCCCGCCAAGUCGUGGCCGCGAUCCGCCGCGACGCCAGCCGCGGCGGCGCUCGGCCGGUGCCGGUCGUCGGGCGGCCGCCGCUGCCCGCGCCUCCCUUCCCGGAGGGCUUCCGGUACGCGCGCAAGCUCGUCCUGCCGCGUUAUAAUAAUUUUGCGGGCGCCGAGCACGACGUCCACGCCGAGGUGCGCGUCGCGUGGCUCGCCGCGAAGAAGUGCUGGGGCCUCGUCGCCGGCGAGCACAUCCCGAAAGGCCGGCGCGUCGUCGACUACACGGGCGCCGUCGUCUCGCGAACGGCCGCGCGGGAGCGGGAGCGGGCCGAGUUCGAGGCGGGCCGGCCGACCUAUAUUUUAUCCGUCGUCGAGCACUCGCGCGACGAGAGCGUGGCGGCCUGGCGGACGACGGUCGACGCGACGGACCGCGGCGGCGUCGCGCGCUUCGUGAACCACUCGUGCGCGCCGAAUUGUGAAGUGGUGCCGACGCGGUCGACGCGGGGCCAGUUCCUGCCGACGCUCGCGCUCGUCACGUUGAAGGACGUGGCGGUGGGCGUCGAACUCGCGUUCGACUACGCGGGCGGCGCGCCGGACGACGCGGUCGAGGACUCGCGGACGGAGUGCUUCUGCGGGGCUAGCGCGUGUCGGGGGUGGUUGUUGCGGCACGUGGAGUGAAUUGUUCUG